CCGUGUGCGCGGGCGUCGCGGGGGCGGGGCGGGGCCACUCCGCCGCCUCCGGAAAGUUCUGAGGCAAAGCCCAGCAACUCGCGGCCCGACACCAGCUGUUUCACCUUUCUUUUUCUAACUCCGCCAACGGCCCCCAGCCUACAGGUCCGGGUUGCUUCGCUGGUCAAAGUGCGUGCGGACUAGUUGGCAAAGUUGAGGGCGGCGACGUCUCGGGGAACAGCUGUUUGCGUUGGGGCGGAGGCAGCGCGCGAGCUCCUCGGCCACGAGCCAGCGAGCCUAGAAGGGUGGAGGUUCUGGAUCCCAGGGGAAGAGAGAGAGUGAAGGCGGGAUGAUGCGGGGACUUGAGGCGUGAAGUUCUUGUCCUUCGGCUGAGGUCCCGUCGCGCUUUCACCCCUUCUGGGUGACCUCAACCUCUUUAUACCGACCCCACCUCUCAGGAUCCCAGAGUACCGCCCCGUAGGGGGAGGGGAAGAGGAGGAGAUUUCGAACGCGGAUUGAGACGCUUGGGCAUCCGUAGUUGGGAACCGUGGAACCCUGGUCCCGGGGAAAGAGGGAGGUGUUCGGGUUUGGAGGCUCCGGUGGGCCUCGCGACGGGCUGGGUCCCAACUCGCCCCGCGUGGGGAACACGAGCUCGAGCCGGACCCCGGGGCGACGCACGGAGCGGCUGGUCCAGUCAUGGCAGACUACUGGAAGUCGCAACCAAAGAAAUUCUGUGAUUACUGCAAAUGUUGGAUAGCGGACAAUAGGCCUAGUGUUGAAUUUCAUGAAAGAGGAAAGAAUCAUAAGGAGAAUGUUGCGAAGAGGAUCAGUGAGAUUAAACAGAAAAGCCUGGAUAAGGCAAAGGAAGAAGAAAAGGCAUCAAAGGAGUUUGCCGCGAUGGAGGCAGCUGCCCUGAAAGCAUACCAAGAGGAUUUGAAAAGGCUUGGCUUAGAGUCAGAAAUUUCAGAGCCAAGCGUAUCACCAGUAACAAGCACUAUCCCACCCACCUCUGCACCAAAGCAGCAGAAGGAAAAGAAGAAAAAGAAGAAAGACCCUUCAAAGGGCAGAUGGGUAGAAGGCAUAACCUCUGAGGGUUACCAUUACUAUUAUGAUCUUAUCACAGGAGCAUCCCAAUGGGAGAGACCAGAAGGAUUUCAGGGAAACUUAAAAAAGAUAGCAGGGAAGACUGUUUGGGUAGAAGGAGUAAGUGAAGAUGGUUAUACCUACUAUUAUAAUACAGAAACAGGAGAAUCCAGAUGGGAAAAACCUGAUGAUUUCAUUCCACACUCUGGCGAUCUGCUUUCUAGUAAGGUCAGUGAAAAAUCACGUGGUACCCUAGAAGAAUCUAAAUCAUCAGAUUCUCAUAGUGAUUCUGAUGGAGAAGAGGAAGCAGAAAAAGAAGAGGCCUCUACCGAAACACAAAAGCCAAAAAUAAAGUUUAAGGAAAAAAAUAAAAAUAGUGAUAAAGGAACUGAACCAGAAACACAAAAAGAAAAAAAUACCCAAGAACAAAAUUCAUCAGGUCCAAAUGAAGAAAAAUCCAAAGCUCAUAAAAAAUCAAACCCAUAUGGAGAAUGGCAAGAAAUUAAACAACAAGUUGAAUCUCAUGAGGAGGUAGAUUUGGAACUUCCGAGCACCGAAAAUGAAUAUGUGUCCACUUCAGAACCUGAUAUUGGUGGGCAACCCAAAGUAAUAUUUAAAGAAAAAACAGUCACUUCUCUUGGAGUCAUGGCAGAUGGAGUGGCCCCAGUCUUUAAGAAGAGAAGACUUGAAAAUGGAAAAUCUAGAAAUUUAAGGCAACGAGGUGAUGAUCAAUAAUUAUAAAAGAGCUUUUUGUACUUCCUCAUUGGACAGCAUGGAGACUAUACAUCUUGAAGCUCCUCUGUGUUUGUUUAAAUGCUAAAAAUUUAGAUUUAUUCUAAAUGUAUUUUAUGUGAAUCUAAAAUAAAUCUUUUUUCAUGUGAAACUUA